AUGGGUAAAAGAAAACAAAAUGAUGAUCAAAAACAACUGAUUAAUAAGAAAUUCAAAUUUAAUAAUACAUCAACAACAAUAGAUCCAAAUACUUCAGGAAUUUAUGCAACUUGUGCAAGACAUAAAGAAAAACAAGCUAUUGAUGAAUUAAUAUUAAUACUAUCUGAAAGAAUAAAUGAUUUUAAUGAAAUAGAAGAAGAAAUAAAAAGUAAUGAAAAUCAAAGUGAAUUAUCAAUUGAGGAUAAAAUCAAAGCAGAACUUUCAGAGUUAGAAGAAACUACAAAAAACAAAAAUUCAAAUCUACUACAACCAAGUAAAUUAGAUUGUGAAUGUGUUAUAUUUAUUAAAACUAAAAAACCAAUAGAUCCAGUAAAAUUAGUAACUGAUUUAUCAAAAGAAUGUUAUGAAUCAGGUAUAAAAAAUACAAGAUAUAUUCAAAAAUUAACUCCAAUAAGUGAUUCAUGUUCAGCAACUAGUGAAAAUCCAACAAUUCAAUUAAAAUUAUUAUCUGAAAAAAUUUUAAAACCUCAUUUUCAUAAUGAUCAAGAUCAAAAACCAAUUAAAUUUGCAAUUCAAGUAUCAAGAAAAAAUUUUAAUAUUUUGGAAUCAGAUGAAAUUAAAAAAAUAGUAGCUGAACUAAUUGGUAAAGAUUAUGGUCAUUCAGUUGAUUUAAAAAAUUAUGAUAAAUUAAUAAUUGUUGAAUGUUAUAAAACUAAUAUAGGAAUGAGUGUUGUUGAAGAUUAUCAAAAAUAUAGUAAAUUUAAUCUACAACAAAUUUAUGAUAAGUCAAUUAAUAAAUAA